GGCUCCUUCCCUAUAGUUCACAUACAUACAUCGCCCACAUGGAGGUCCUCUGCGCUCUUUCACAUUGUCAUCUGACCUCUGACAUUUCCACCAGAGCUGGGAGGGCCAACAUUAUACGUUUCCGCCCUUUGUUAGCAGUGCCAUUCCUUGUUCCAAGCUUUAGUUAAAGGAAAGAGGCAAGGCACGUUGUAGGGACGGAGUGAUUUGAAGGCCAGUGAGGUCUCAAGACGGUUUGAGAAGGACUGAAGAUGCUGACUACAAUCUUAUUGCUUUGUGGGACUGUGGGGCUGCUGAAAUCAGAGCCACAUUCAAGGUAUCCUGGUCAUCACCAUCAGAGGCAAGGGCCAGAAGCUCCUCAGAUGCCUGCACCUCCACAACCAUCUUCUCCAGCUGAAGAAUUCUGGACAAGAGAGUCCACCCAAGAUGAAACGGAGCCAGAGAUGGAGGAGUCUUACCCUGCAAGUCAGGAAGCCAGAAAUGAGAACUGGUGCUCCUCUGUUCAAUAUCGGACAGCCACUUACGUUGCAGUGUGCAGGACAGAGAAAUACAUCAUCCGGUCCCAGCAACCAUGUCCGAAUGGAACUCCAGACUGCCAGAAGAUCAUGUACAGAACAGCGUUGAAGCCAGUCUACAAGAUAAAAGAGAAAGUUGUCAGCUUUUUAGACUGGAAAUGCUGUCCAGGUUAUGUAGGCAAGGAUUGUGAACAUUAUGAUCCAGCUCAGUUUCCAGUGAGUACCAGUCAGCCUGAACACUGGGAAGAAACAUUCUCAAACCACAACUCGGGAGAUGUUGUAGAAGCCCAUCAAAGUCAUGAAGCUCUGCUAGAAGACCUGCAGAAUGACGUUCACCAGACAGCAAACAGUUUGGGAAUCUUACAGAAUGUCCUUCAUCACAACAGCACCAACAGAAACGGAGGGAUGGACCAGCACCAGUCAGAAGUCCAGCAAAUGCUCUUUCUCCACAUAAACAGUUUCCUGAAGGAGCAUUUUAAUCCUGUCUGGGCAAGUUUCAAUAAAAGUCUACAGGACCUGUCCACUGCUGUGCAGAACCUUUCGCAGAGCGUGGAGGCUAAUCGGAAGAGCAUAGAGCAGUUCCAAGAAAGUGCUGUGCCCAGAAAAGAUUUCCAAGAACUAGGGACCAAGUUUGAAUCCAAAGUCCAAGCCAAUGUUCUGAGGGCCGACCAGAUGAAGCGAGAAAUGGACCGCCAUAACUACCUGCAACAAGCAGUCAUCAACUACAAUCUUACCAUGAUCAAAGCAGAUACGGACCUGAAGCUCAAGAGACACCACAAGCUGCAGCAGUCUUUUUUAUUAGCAUUAAACAACAGUUUGGCCGACCUGAGACAAGAGCAAAAUAAGCUUCAGGGUGAGCUUGAGGUCCUCAACAGAAAUUUUGCAAUGUUCCCAAGGAAAUUGGGCAAUCGGAAUGAGAUGUUUGCAGAUGUUGAUGUGCAGAGCCUCAAUCAGACCUUGGAAAAACAUGCUCGGGAGCUAAAGACACUUUAUGAGGAGUCUGAAAAAGACUAUGAAGAACUAACUGAUUCCAUCACAAGGUUAAAAGACAGCUCAAAACACGAUUUAGAGGACUUCCGAAUACGAUUAAUAGAAGGGAGUCUCAUGAUUGAUGAAUACAGAGAAGAUGUAGAAAAGAGGAUUUUCGCUCUUAAUGAUAGUCUGGCAGAUGUUCAAGAAAACUAUUGGAGUCUACAGAAGUCCAUGAAGACAUGCUGUUGUGAAGAUCAGCCUUCCAGUACUGAUGUGGAAGGCUUAAAGAACACCACUCAGAUGCAUGGAGAACAUCUAAAGCAUCUGGAGGCACGUUUAAAAGAUCUCGCCGCUGCUUUCCCGCUUAUCCACCAGUCUUUGGAUUUCCAACAAGAACAAAGUUGGAAGCUACAAGAUGGACUCUCUCUCUUAAAAAACCAUUCUGAAGUUUUGUCUGAGGAGGUUGAUCUGCUAGAAAAAGCCGACGAGAAGAUGCACCAUCACAUCAAGUAUCUGAAUAGUUCUUUCAAUUCAUUGCUGGGGGAUGCAUUGAGACAUGAGACAGCCCUUGAGAUCUUGCUUGGAGAAGAAAUAUUGGAACACCUGUCUGAAGAAGAGAUCAUUCUAUCCAUGGAUCAACUUCCAGAGAUGAACAUCAAAUUAAUGUCAGACUAUCUCAAGAAGCAAAGUAUGACACUAGAGUCUCUUAAGAAGAGAAUAGACUCUUUGGAGGCAGAUCAUGAGAAUAAUCCACAUGAUCAUAAAUCUUUGAAAGAUCCUGAUACUGAGAAACCAAUAGACCUCAAUCCCCAACAUGGUAGAAUAGAAAAUAUGGAGCCAAACCAUGAAGCUGUAAUGGAGGAUGCCUUAGACAAUCCAGCAUACCAUGAUAUUAUGACCCUAAAAAGAGAGAUUGGACAUCUUACGAAAGAGAUGAAGAAAUUUGAAUCGCAGUGGGAUCAUAUUCAUUCCUGCUGCAAUCAAACUAAGGCCAACCUCAGUGUUUCAAUCAAGGAGGUGAAGGAAGAUCUUGGGUCAGCCCAAAAAAACUUUGAAGAACAUCUAGCGAUCUUUCAGAAAUUGUUUAGAAAUAGUAAGGAGCUGGCUGCCUCAAAUGUAAGCCUGGAUGUAGCAAAGCUUCAGUUGAUGAUGAGCAGAAAAACGAGGAAGCACCUUAAGGAACAAGAACAGCAAAACAUGAGGGACAAGAAAGAGGUCCAUGGCCACAGAGAAGCUACUUUGAAUGGAAGAAACAAGAUCAAUGCAGAGACACUGGAGGAAGGCACAGUGGUGGCUUUUUACGUGCAAUACGCCAAAGGUAAAGAGGAGCCCUCCAUCCUGAACCGCACCUACCUUAACUACGGAGGGGGUUACUCUCGUGAACACGGCUACUUCAAGGCAUCUCAUAACGGUGUUUAUAUGGUGGCGGUCAGUGCUGAAUUUCCCCCAGGACCCGUCAUGGGACAACUAGUUUUCAGCAAUGGCCACAGAACGACUCUAAUCAACAACACGAAGAGGAAGUCCAGCGGCGGUUAUACAACUCUCGUCGCCCUCGUGGAACUGGAGAAGGGAGACUUGAUGUGGUUUGAGCUGGUCCAAGGGGCCGCAGUGAGACAAAACAUAGUUGGAUUGAGCAUGGCAGGGUUCUUGCUACUGAAAACCUGAGAAGGAAGACCUUGGCCAUGUCAAGAGCCCUCCUGUGAGUGAAGGAUGUCUUAAUGAAUGACAUUUUGCCCGCAUAAGGACAUUAGCUCAGCAAUGCUUUCUAGAAGGACUUCGGUAGCUGCUUAGGCACGGCUCCAACGCAGUGGAGGUGCAGAAGACAAUCUGUUUCUUCAACUGGGCACGAGGCUAUGUGUUCUGUCCCAGCCGAUGUACGUCCUUGCUACUUCACAAAGACAACCCCUCUUUUAACAGUAGACUGGAAAAUAAACCCUUUUUAUUUGAGUUACAGACCCGAUAAUUGUCCCAGAAAACAAAAGCAACAGAACACUUUUCCAAUGGAGACCUUGUCCAAAAGCAAAACGGAGCACGAGUCAAACAGGAAAUAUCUAACAAGCAAAAUAAACAGACCAUGAUCUCGUGUGUUGUCAGCCACCUCAGAGUUGUUGGACACAAGACGGGUGACAAAUAAAUUUUAUAAAUAAAAUUUCAACUCUGAUUCCCACA